UAUAAUGAAUGCAGGGUCCGGGGAGACCAGAUAUAGUGAAUGCAGGGUCCGGGGAGACUGGAUAUAGUGAAUGCAGGGGUCGGGGAGAGCGGAUAUAGUGAAUGCAGGGUCCGGGGAGACCAGAUAUAGUGAAUGCAGGGUCCGGGGAGACCAGAUAUAGUGAAUGCAGGGUCCGGGGAGAGCAGAUAUAGUGAAUGCAGGGUCCGGGGAGAGCGGAUAUAGUGAAUGCAGGGUCCGGGGAGAGCAGAUAUAUAGUGAAUGCAGGGUCCGGGGAGACCAGAUAUAGUGAAUGCAGGGUCCGG